CCACAACCUCGCCAGAAGCCUCUCUUUGCCCGCAACCCCGCCAAAUCCCCUCAUUCCCGCAGCACUAAUACAUAAUGGAUCAUUCACGCGAUCCCUGUCCAUGGGUCAUUCUCAAUGACUUUGGCGGUGCCUUCGCCAUGGGCGCAGUCGGAGGAGCAGUGUGGCAUGGGGUUAAAGGCUUCCGCAAUUCACCCUACGGCGAGCGACGCAUAGGCGCCAUUACAGCGAUCAAAGCCCGCGCACCCGUUCUCGGCGGCAAUUUUGGCGUCUGGGGAGGCCUUUUCAACACAUACGACUGCGCUGUCAAGGGCAUCCGCAAGAAGGAAGACCCGUGGAACGCCAUCAUUGCCGGUUUCUUCACCGGCGGUUCGCUCGCAGUACGAGGAGGCUACAAGUCGAUGCGCAACGGCGCAAUAUCGUGUGCGAUCCUACUAGCAGUCAUCGAGGGUGUUUCGAUAGGCUUCAAUCGCAUGAUGGCAGACAACACAAGGCUCGACGCUCCCCCGCCACCACCAAGCGACGUCGGAGCAUCGCCUGGUGGCGGUAUGGCUGUGGCUGCAUAGGCGAUUGCGGUGCGUGGGUUAUGUUUUUGAAGCACGGGUUAUUGCAGUGCGAAAAAAAAAGAGGCGGGAUGAUGGCUGGACAAGCGGUGUUCUUGGGAUGUUUUGGCAUAUACCGCAGGCAGGUUCGGCAGCGGGCGGCGUUCACACUCUCCUCAGCUUUGUGCUAUAUCUGUAUCAUAUACGCGACACGACUGUACAACAUCUGGAGGCGCCUCUAGACAAAAGUAUGGAGUGUCCAAGAGUUUGGAAAAUGACGAAAGCAUUUCUGGC